AUGGACGGCUACCAGAAGCUCGACAAGGUCGGGUCAGGCACGUACGGCGUCGUUUUCCGGGCGAUCCACAAGGCGACAGACACCGUCGUCGCACUGAAGCGCAUCAAGCUCAACGAAUGCCCAGAAGACGGAGGCGAAGAUGGCGUACCUUCCACAGCGAUGCGGGAGAUCUCUGCCCUACGCGAAGUCAGUCUCUUAGCCGAGGAGGCGAAAGCCGACGGUCGCAUACCGCCGGCUGGCUCGGAGAACAUUGUCAAGUUGCUCGACAUCAUACAUGAAGAAGCACGACUCAUACUCGUCUUUGAGUAUCUCGACAUGGAUCUCAGAAAGUAUAUGCAGACCGCUGGCGGCUACGGUCCGCCCAUCAACGAGGCGGGUCAGUAUGACGAUCAUCGCGAUGUCAUGGCAUUGUUUGCACGCGGUCCGGAGCGAUUGACCAGUCGUGGCCUGAGAAAGAAUCUCGUCAAGACGCUCGCGUUUCAACUCGUCAAUGGCGUGCAAUUCUUACACGCGCGGCGGAUCACUCAUCGCGAUCUGAAGCCCGCCAAUCUGCUCAUCGAUAAGCAAGGUCGCCUCAAGAUCGCAGAUUUUGGCCUAGCGAGGACGUUUGGCUACCAUACGCACACAUACACGCACGAGAUCAUCACACUUUGGUACCGACCGCCGGAGGUCCUGCUCGGUACGCGAUACUAUGGCACUGCCGUCGACGUCUGGAGCAUCGGCGCUAUUGUGGCCGAGAUGGCUGCAGGCGCACCUCUCAUGGCAGGCGAUUCUGAGAUCUCGCAAAUCUUCAGACAAUUCCAAUUGUUGGGCACGCCGGACGAGCAAAGCUGGCCAGGUCUGAAGGACCUGCCUGAGAUGAAGAAGACAUUCCCUCAAUGGCGACCGCAAGAUCUCAGCAAACUGCUCGUCCAUCUGCCGCCAGCAGGCGUCGAGAUGAUCGCUGGUAUGACGCGCUUCGACCCCGGUGAGAGGUUAUCAGCGCGAGAAGCGCUACAGCACGCAUACUUUCGAGACGAGGCUCUGUCGCCCGCCGUACCCAAUGCGGCCAUGCAACACAUCAAUCUCAAUGCAACCACAUACGAUCAUUCGGGGCAAUCGACCAUCAAGCCACCACGGGUAGCACAAUUGAUGGCCUCGCCCAACUCUUUGCCAACAACGCGUCGAAGCUACCCUCGACUUCGCGUAUACGCUCACACCAUGUUCCCAGAUUUGAUCCUCCUCUCACACACUUACACUCAGAUGACGUUGCAACGAUUCAGCAGCGACAGCGACUCCAUCACGCUGGCUUACUUGGCCUCUCACUCGCAACAGCAUCAGUUUCUUGAUACGAGUACAAUCUCUUCAGCAUCCAGCUCGUCACUGGGCCCCCUGAGUCAAGCUUCGACUGACUCAUUCGGUAGCUCAACCAAGGAGAACAAUCCCCGCAAGAGAUGGAAGAGUGUGUUGACAAGUCUCGUUCGACCCCUCUCGCCUACUCGCCCAUCCUCUCCACCUCAUCUUUCGUCCAGCCUGAAGACGAAGCUAGUCAAGACACUGAAGCGCAAGACACCCGAUCGCAGCAGUAGCAAAGCCCGCAAACGCCCUCAGAUCAGCAGCCCGAUUCUCAUCGAGAGCUCGCUCGUCUCAAAACGCAGGAGCAGUCUUGCCUACAUGGUCACGACCUGCCCGGAUCUUGUUCAGGGCUUCUGUCUCGAUCCGGUGCCUGAACGUGUCUCGUCUCUCAUGCCCAUCUUGACACUAGCUGCACCGGGAAGGCCGUCCUUGAUCGAACAAGGCGGUCAGGAAGAGUCGAUCUUCGUGCAUUGUGAGACCACCUCCUCUGUCGCCUCACCCGUCAAGCCCGCACGAACCACUUCACUCGCACUAGCAGCGCAAGUCACGGAUUCGCGACCAUCGAAGCGAGCAAGACACUCUAUCGUCUCUACUCUGCUCACGUCUGUCGCAUAUCUGCAACGCAGAGAUUCUGGCGCCAUACUAGCAACAGCAGACGAUUUUGCGAUCUGCGAAGCGUUCCUUGCGCGUGCUUCCAUUGCGCGUCAGUCUCGCUUGAGACUCAUCGAGAGCAGUGAUGUCAGAAGCGCGACGUGCUCCUCUGGGCAUGCAUCGAUCUACUCACUCUCGAGCUACGGCGACGAUCAUGCGGAUGUGGCCUUUCAUCAGUGUCUGCAGGCGUUUAUCGAGGCAGGUCACGAAGAUGCAGAUACUUCUCGCCAAUCGACUACCGGCCUAGCGUAUUAG